AUGGCACGACAACAAAAAUUGAGCACGGGCGGUACGAAAUCCGAUAUUGUCGAACGUCUGUUGCAACACCCUCAGGCCGAGGAAACCGUGGAGCGACGCAUUCAUGCUGUUCUGGCGGAGCAAGCUAGCAAAGAAAAGGGACAACCGGGAAGCAAGCAAACAUUGCUGGAUAGCUUAUCCGAAGAUGUCAACGACCACGUUGAAACGCAGCCUGGCAGGAGCAGUAGCAACAGCGAUGAUGCUAAUGCAGAAGCACAACACCGACAACAUGAAAAAGAAGACGUUGCAAAAAAGUUGGAGGCCGAACGAUGGGUAGAAGCUUUCGAACUCAAGCUUGGCAACAGUCGUGUACGACAAUCGCCUAAACAGCCCAGUAUGUUCUCCUCGACAUUAAGACCGUCACGACCACCGCGAUCUGAUGAAGCAUCGCAACAGCAGCAGGCUGCUGAUAUUAAGACAAACGAUAUCAAAAAUGAUGAUACACCUAUACCGGAAGAUGUGGACAAGGCGUGGGUCAAGGCAUUUGAACAAAAGACGACUAAUCGGGACUUGCGCCAGCGGAUGUCAGGAAGAGACACGUUCAAGGCGACAUUGGAUUCGAUAGAACCAAAUGUAUCGGAUCUGAUCCAGCCAACCACGACCAAGGCAAAAGAAGGACAUCCCGAUAAGCCCCACGAUCAAUUGCAAAAAUCGGUGGGAAUCGGUGAGCGUGAAAACAUUAGUAGUACUGAUAGUGGUAGUGGCUCUUCUCGUAAUUUCAUGAUCAACUCACUUGUUGGCUCGGGACUUUUGAUAUGGAUUGUAAGCGGGCAAGACGGAUUCUCGAAAAUCGCUGCUACAUUCUUGACGACCUCCUCCUCUUGA